CUCUUGUAAGAGGAGCCCAACCAGGAAUGCUGGGCUGGAGGGGCGGGCGUGGGGCCAGGCGGUUUCCUGUCUAUGGGGGGAAGAGGCUUGGAGCUGGAGCAUAGGGCUCCCUGAGAGGGAGAAGGAGCCCCGCUGAGGGGCAGGAGCUCGGCCGGGGGCGCAGAAUCUGCUGACGGAGGCCUGGGCAGCGCCAGCAGCAGCAGCAGCAAGAGGCCAGGAGCUGGGGGCCUCGCUGCCCCACCCCGCCCCACCCCACAGGCAGGCUGGAGACCUCCGCACCAGCUCUCCGGGUGCAGACGGCACGGUGUUUCCUGGCGUCCGAAGCUGCCCCAGCCGUGCCCAGAUGGGGGCCUUGCCAGGGGCCCCUGGCCCUGCCGCCCUGGGGCAGUAGGGGUGCCCCCAGACUUCCCGCACCCCGCAGAGGAGGCAAGGGAGAGGGUGCUGUGCCAAGAUGCAGGACAGACUCCGCAUCCUGGAGGACCUCAACAUGCUCUACAUCCGACAGAUUGCCCUCAGCCUGGAGGGCACCGAUAUCCAGAAGAAGAUCGACCAUGAGAUCCGCAUGCGCGAAGGCGCCUGCAAGCUCCUGGCGGCUUGCACCCAGCGCCAGCAGGCCCUGGAGGUCACCAAGAGCCUGCUGGUCUGCAACAGCCGCAUCCUGGCCUACAUGGCGGAGCUUCAGCGCAUGAAGGAGGCGCAAGUCAUGCAGCGGAUGGCCAGGCGCCCCUCAGACGCUGGUCCCGUGGACGACCGCCUGCCCUGCCGAGGCAGAGUCUGCAUCUCAGACCUCCGGAUCCCACUGAUGUGGAAGGACACGGAAUAUUUCAAGAACAAGGGCGAGCUGCACCGCUGCGCCGUCUUCUGCCUGCUUCAGAUCGGCCCAGAAAUCUACGACACGGAGAUGGUGCUGGUGGAUCGGACCCUGACCGACAUCUGCUUUGAGAGCACCAUCCUCUUCACGGAGGCCGGUCCGGACUUUGAGCUGAAGGUGGAGCUGUACAGCGCUGGCCUGGAGGAGGACUCUGUCCUGGGCAGCACCCCCAAGAAGCUGGCCAGCCGCCUGAGCAGCUCCCUGGGGCGCUCGUCCGGCAAGAGGGUCCGUGCCGCCCUGGACGGGGUGCCCGGGAGCCCCCUCAGCAACGGGGGAAGCAGCCCCCUCCAGCUGCCAGCCCCCAGCGUGGCGGGCCCCAAGUACCAGCUGCUGGCCUGUACCACCCUGCGCCUGGCCCACGUCCAAGACGCCUUUCGCACCCACGACCUCGCCGUCACCGGGAACGAGGAGAGCUCCUUCUGGCUCCCCCUGUACGGCAGUGUCUGCUGUCGCCUGGCAGCCCAGCCCAACUGCAUGCUCCACCAGGUGAUGUGCGGCUUCCUGAAGGUGCAGCAGGGGGAGCAGCAGGGCUGGCUGCGGCUCUUUUGCCUCCUGCGGGGCUCCAACCUCCUCUGCUACCGGCACCCCAAAGACGUCGAGACGCAGGAGGAGGCGGCCUUCACCAUCGCUAUCAACAAGGAGACACGCAUCCGAGCCACAGAGAAGGACCCCAAGAACCAACUGCACACCAUGUCCGUGACGAACCGCUAUGGGGGGGAGGAGGUGACCCACACGCUGCUGGCCGAGUCCCGCUCCGAGACGCAGCGCUGGAUGGAAGCCUUCUGGCAGCACUUUUACGACAUGAGCCAGUGGAAGCACUGCUGCGAUGAGCUCAUGAAGGUGGAGGUCCCCUCCCCACGGCGCCCCAUGGCCCUCCUGCAGAAGCAAGGCUCCCUCUACCACGAGAUGGCUAUUGAGCCGGCGGACGACAUUGAGGCCGUGACGGAGAUCCUGGCCCGGCGCUUUUCGGGCCUGGGCCCCCCGGCCUGGCUGUCCCUCCUGGAAGGGUCGUCGUGCAGCGCAGCGUCCGACAGCGACAGCGUCUCCAGCGCCAGCCCGUGCCCCCUGCCACGCCCCCCCUGGGGCCGGCCCCGCACCCUCUCCCUGGACGCCAAGCUCAGCACCCUGAAAGGACGCUCGGGGCGCCCGCCGGGGCCGCCUCCGCCCCCCAGGGCCAGGGGCCCCUCCGGCUCCAGCUCCUCCAGCAGCAGCAGCGGCAGCCCCACUCCGGAGCCCGAGCGCCCGCCUCGGCCCCACGCCCGGCCCCGGUUUGACCCCCGCUUGUGGCUGCAGUCCCAGGUCUGAGGAGGGAGGGCACUGGGGCCUCCAGAGGUCCGCUAGACUGGAAGCAGGGGACUGCAGGAGGUUGGAGCAGAGGGCCCGAUGUGGGGCCAGGACCCCACACGCUCCAG